AUGUCGUCAAUGGAUGCCCCUUUGGUACACCCAGGAGCGGAGAAUAUGAUUAAAUUCGGGGAACUUGAGGCUGAUCGUCAGAGAUUUCUCAAGUUAGGAUAUGCAUUACAUGGAGUCCCUGUGUUUAAUGACCACGAUCUCUUCCUCAAAAUCCUACGCGACUUGUCCAGCCUGAAGGCGUUUUCUGGGCUUCAGCCCGCAAACUCCACAUUGAUGUCAACAACUACCCCAGAAAAAUUACGCUCGGUCGUCAAAACCGGUUUUAAUCAUGUCGAUUCCUCGUCAGAUUCGUUUUCAAUGUCACCACAUGAUCUGGGCCGAGAGUUCCCGUCGAUGCAGUUACAGCCAUCAGGAAACCAGAAGUCUCGGCAUAACUUGACACAUGUGCCGCCAAUACAGAUCCACUUCCAAAUAUCAAAUUUUCCCGGGUCAGCAGUAUGGACCGAAAGGGCCGGACCAUACUUACCAAAUUUGACAGAAGCAAGGCAUCUGUUGUAUUCUUGGCCAGCUCUGGGGUACGAGUUACCGGUAUGCGAAGCCCAGCCGCCUGUCAUUGAAGCGAAGAUUCGCAAAUGGGCCCGAAUCUGGCCUCCACAUCUGGAAGAUUGCUUGAUUACGAGCGUUGUUCUUGAUCACAAGUCUCCUGUUAAUUGGAUCCCGGCGGAAAUCGCCUCUCGGUGCCAAGUAAGAGAAGUAUCUGAGAGCUCGACGACAUACAGAUUUCAAGGCAAGAUCCUGCAGGGUAACAGAAAGGUUAGCAUUACAUGGUCCGGAUCCGCGAUGAGGACGCGUAAAAAUGAGUUCUACAUCACUUCUGACGCCACGUUGACCGGGGAGUUGGUUGUAGGGAAGGAGUUGCUGGAAGCUUUGUCGAGAGAACGUGGUGGCGAGAAGGCGUUCCUGGAUCAGAAGCCAGCAAGUUCGGGGUCACUUAGAGAUACCACUUGCAAAAAGGGUCUUCAAGGGACAUCCUCGCGGUCAAGGAUGGAAGAACGCAGAGCUAGUCAUAAGCAAUCAUCGCGAGUGACGAAGUCAAGACGACAGUCAACUCGUAGUCGAGAUAUUGUGUAAUCAUACUUAGUAGGCCGGACAAAGGUGAUCGAUUCUUACCUGAAGAUGAGCUUUACGGAAUGAUUUCAGCAUUCGGAUUGGUG